AGCGCGCCGCCGCCGGUGGUGGUACGACGUCCGGCGUCGGGCAACGCGACGGACGACGAGGGCAGCGGCGGCGACGGCGGCGGCGACGCGCUGCCCGAGGGCUACGUCACCAUCCCGCGCCUGGGCAGCGCCUACCGCUACCACGACGAUUGGCUGAUGUGGUCGGACGCGCGCGCCGCGUGCGAGGCGGAGGGCGGCCACUUGGCCGUGCCGGGCAGCGAGGAGGAGUACAACGCGCUCGCCAAGCUCAGCUCCAAGCACCCACGAGCCCAUCGAAGAGCUAAACUACGUGCGUUGGGGUCCGGGCGAGCCAGACAAGAGCGGCGACUGCAUCUUCUUCCAGACGCUCACCAAGAUGUUGUACGACGAGCCCUGCGGCUUCGUCGAGGUCUUUGUAUGCGAGAUGAAUCUUUACGAAGAACCAGAGGACGGCGAUGCCGCGCAGAUGUGACGGUCAUCUCAGUGAAGCGGAAUGUCGAUGCAUACAACGUCACGCAUCGGGUCGGGAAGUAACUCAUUUAUUUUGCAUAACCGUAGAUGAAGUUUUUACUGAACAAUUAACUUAAUAACUAACGACAAUGAAAGAAUUUGGGGCAUUGUCUUCCAGUCUGAUAGGUCGUGAUUCAGUGAAAAUUGGGUCACGACGUAUCAGCCCAAAAUACAAUAUUCAAAUUUCAUUGACGCCUGCUAUGAAAGCCUACAUGUCUUCAAAAUUAAAGGUUUCAAAUUCGCAAAGAUUACGUUCGUUUGGCUAUGAUAUUAGUUGUUAUAUACUGACAAGCGUUUGUAUGGGAAUUUUUUACAUCAAACAUCAUCUACAUUCAGAAUCCUCUCCCGUUGCCCGGCGUAUGAGCAUCGCAAAACUGGUAAAAAUGGCGGUGUAAAUCUCUUUUAAGAAUAAAAAUAUAUGGUUAUUUCCUUACACGAAAUGUUUUGUUUUAAAAUGUUCAAACAAAAAUUUUAGGUAAGUGAAAACCAACACCCACACUCCUCUUUCUUCCUUGAUUUUAUCUUACUUCCAGG